CGGAGAGACUUGUGGCUGGAGGAGGGGGCGGAUCGGUGGGGCUCUCUGUGUCUCUCCGGAUGAUGAGGGCAGCCGGAGACCAGACACAUCACCUUCCGCUUGGACCACAGCUGCCUCCCAAGCUGUCCCUCCAGUCGAUAUCGUGAUGUGCUGAGACGAAUUGGACUGGGCAACUAUUACCAUCGCUGACCCCUGAGUUUGGCACAUGUGAUAACUGAGCUUUGAUUUUCUUUCUUUCUUGUAGACAGACAGCUUUCAGCUCACCGCUGGCUGCCACCACGACGCCCACUGUCCCCUUGAUCCGUUUACCUUGGUGCACCGGUGAAGAAAGGGCACUCGAAUCCGCCUAGAAACGCCCCCUGGGAGCGGAGGUGGUCCUGGAGGACAAGGAGCGGGAGGCGGAGGGGAAGGAGGCUGUGGUGCAGGCGGGGACCGAGCCGCGGGAGGCAGGCGUGGGGCAUCCCCGCGGUGCGCGCCCAGAGCCGGCUGCGGGACCAGCGUGGGAACGUGGCUGGCCGGCUGUGGACGGCGUCCUCAUCACCAUGGUCCGGCUCCUGUUGGUUUUCUUCCCAGCGAUCUUUUGGGAGAUGUCCCUUCUGCCCAGAAGCCCUGGCAGGAAAGUGUUGCUGGCGGGAGCCUCAUCUCAGCGCUCAGUGGCCAGAAUGGACGGAGAUGUCAUCAUCGGGGCCCUUUUCUCAGUCCACCACCAGCCUCCAGCCGAAAAGGUGCCGGAGAGGAAGUGCGGGGAGAUCCGGGAGCAGUACGGCAUCCAGAGGGUGGAGGCGAUGUUCCACACCUUGGAUAAGAUCAACGCAGACCCGGUCCUCCUGCCCAACAUCACGCUGGGCAGCGAGAUCCGGGACUCCUGCUGGCACUCCUCCGUGGCUCUGGAGCAGAGCAUUGAGUUCAUCAGGGACUCCCUGAUUUCCAUUCGAGAUGAGAAGGAUGGACUCAACCGGUGCCUGCCGGAUGGGCAGCCCCUCCCCCCAGGCAGGACUAAGAAGCCCAUUGCCGGCGUAAUCGGCCCGGGCUCCAGCUCCGUAGCCAUUCAAGUACAGAACCUGCUCCAGCUCUUCGACAUCCCCCAGAUCGCAUAUUCCGCCACGAGUAUCGACCUGAGUGACAAAACUUUGUACAAAUACUUCCUGAGGGUUGUCCCUUCUGACACCUUGCAGGCAAGGGCGAUGCUUGAUAUAGUCAAGCGUUACAAUUGGACCUAUGUCUCUGCAGUCCACACGGAAGGGAAUUAUGGGGAGAGUGGAAUGGACGCUUUCAAAGAGCUGGCUGCCCAGGAAGGUCUCUGCAUCGCCCAUUCAGACAAAAUCUACAGCAAUGCUGGGGAGAAGAGCUUCGACCGACUCCUGCGCAAGCUCCGAGAACGGCUCCCCAAGGCGAGAGUGGUGGUCUGCUUCUGCGAAGGCAUGACGGUCCGGGGCCUCCUGAGUGCCAUGCGGCGCCUGGGCGUGGUGGGCGAGUUCUCACUCAUCGGAAGCUUCCACCUGAUGCAGUGUGUGAAGCCAUUUAAGGAGCAUGAAAGAAGGAACAUUAUUUCCUUAAUGACUGGAAAGGACGUGAGCAGCAUGGUUGAAGUGUUAUGA